AGUUUAGCAGUGUUUUUAUUUAUCUAGCGUAUGAAGAAGAUGAGAGGAAAAAGAGAGAGAGAGGCGCUUUCUCUCUUUUGUUCUUGAACCGUGUGUUUUCGUGACAGAGGCAGGGCAUUUUUCUUGUUUCGUCUUGUUUGGCGAGAUCGAGGGCGAGGAGCGGUGCUCCAGCGCGCCGGCCGCCAUCGCCGCUGCUAGAUCCGCCACAGCAGCGCACGGCAUUCCGAUCGAUCGGCGGGCUGGGGUUUCUUUCGCGGGAAGGAAUGGAGGGGAGCUGAGGUCUAGCCGCUGGUAAUCGUGGCUGUCGAGCAUCGCCGUGGAGAAAUUUCGGGCAGAUGGAGGCGAAUGCGGGCCUCGUCGCUGGAUCGCACAUCAGGAACGAGCUUCUUGUCAUCCGGGGAGAUGUGGUGAAGCCUCUCAACCACGCGGAGCAGCAGGUGUGCCAAAUCUGUGGCGACGACGUUGGCCUGACCGUGGAUGGGGAUUUGUUCGUCGCUUGCAACGAAUGCGCGUUUCCAGUGUGUCGCCCUUGCUAUGACUACGAAAGAAAGGAUGGGAACCAGGCGUGCCCACAGUGCAAAACACGCUACAAGCGUCACAAAGGCAGCCCGCGAGUGGAAGGGGACGACGAUGAAGAGGAGUUCGAUGACUUGGAUAGCGAGUUCAACAUCCACGACGAGGUUGACAAGAUGGACAGGCAGCAGCUAGCGGAGGCUAUGCUCCACGGCCGGAUGAGCUAUGGUCGGGCAGAAGACCACGAAAUUGAGAUGCCUGGCUUGCAACCUCCUGUUCCUCUUCUUACAAACGGGCAAAUGGAUGGGAGCGAUGUGGAUGUCAUUCCACCUGAUCAUCACGCUUUGAUUGUUCCUUCAAAUUUUGGGCCCGGUGGAAAACGUGUUCAUCCCCUUCCAUACAGUGACAACCUUCCAGUCCAAAUUCGAUCCAUGGAUCCUUCUAAAGAUCCGUCUUCGUAUGGAUACGGGAGUGUCGCAUGGAAGGAAAGAUUAGAGAGCUGGAAACAGAAGCAAGAUAAGCAGGUUAUGAUGACUGAAGGCCAUCUUGGCUCUGGUGGUAAAGGAUAUGACAUCGAUGGAAAUCCGCUUGAUGGCCCGGAAUUGCCGAUUAUGGAUGAGGCGCGACAGCCACUAUCACGAAAGGUUCCUUUACCUUCAAGCAAGAUUAAUCCCUACCGUAUGGUUAUCGUUCUUCGGCUGGUCAUUCUAGGAUUCUUUUUCCGCUAUCGGCUCCUCAACCCUGUCCCAAAUGCUUUCGGCCUCUGGCUUACGUCAGUUAUUUGCGAGAUAUGGUUUGCAUUUUCAUGGAUUCUUGAUCAAUUUCCAAAAUGGUUUCCUAUCAAUCGGGAAACUUAUCUAGACAGGCUCUCUCUAAGGUACGAGAGGGAGGGCGAGCCGUCACAGCUCGCUGCGGUGGACAUAUUUGUCAGUACAGUGGAUCCCAUGAAGGAGCCCCCACUCGUUACGGCAAACACUAUUCUAUCAAUUCUUUCAGUCGAUUAUCCGGUUGAUAAAGUCUCAUGCUACGUUUCCGAUGAUGGUUCAGCCAUGCUUACCUUUGAAGGUCUUUCAGAGACAUCAGAAUUUGCAAGAAAGUGGGUUCCAUUCGUCAAGAAGUAUAACAUUGAGCCUCGAGCACCGGAGAUGUACUUCGCGCAAAAGAUAGACUAUCUCAAGGACAAAGUGCAGCCGAGUUUCGUAAAAGAGCGUCGGGCAAUGAAGAGAGAGUACGAAGAGUUCAAAGUUCGAGUGAACGCAAUGGUUGCAAAGGCGCAGAAGGUGCCCGAGGAAGGUUGGACGAUGCAGGAUGGAACACCUUGGCCUGGAAACAAUACGCGGGAUCACCCCGGAAUGAUACAGGUGUUUCUGGGUCACAGCGGAGGCCAUGACACCGAAGGCAACGAGCUACCCCGCUUGGUUUAUGUUUCCCGUGAAAAGAGACCAGGUUUUAAUCAUCACAAAAAAGCCGGUGCUAUGAAUGCCUUGGUUCGGGUUUCAGCAGUUCUGACAAAUGCUCCCUUCUUACUUAACUUGGAUUGCGAUCACUACAUCAACAACAGUAAAGCACUCCGGGAAGCAAUGUGCUUUAUGAUGGAUCCUACAAUGGGCAAGGGUGUCUGCUACGUGCAGUUUCCGCAAAGAUUCGAUGGUAUUGAUAGGAAUGACCGGUAUGCAAAUCACAACACUGUUUUCUUCGAUAUCAACUUGAAAGGUCUGGACGGUUUGCAAGGCCCAGUUUACGUCGGCACCGGUUGUACCUUUCGAAGGCAAGCGUUAUAUGGCUAUGACCCUCCCAAGAAAACCAAGGCUAGAAGAUCUCUUAACUUGUUUGGUCCAAGAAAAAGAAGCAAGGACUCAAGCUCAAAAUCGAAGAAAAAGUCUAGUAGCAAGCGGACGGAUUCAAAUUUGCCGGCUUUCUCGUUGGAAGAUUUGGAAGAAGGUACAGGGGAUGCAAAGUCUCUUCUUUCUUCUGAGAAAUUCUUUGAGAAAAGAUUUGGACAAUCACCAGUAUUUGUUUCGUCAACUUUACUCGAACAAGGAGGAGUUCCCGAGGAUGCUAGUCCCGCAUCUCUUCUGAAAGAAGCGAUUCAUGUCAUAAGCUGUGGUUACGAAGACAAAACGGAAUGGGGGAAAGAGAUUGGGUGGAUAUAUGGUUCAGUUACGGAGGAUAUUUUGACUGGAUUUAAGAUGCAUUCUCGCGGCUGGAGAUCGAUAUACUGCAUGCCUGCGAGGCCUGCAUUCAAGGGCUCGGCUCCAAUCAACCUGUCGGAUCGUCUGCAUCAGGUGUUGCGAUGGGCCCUGGGCUCGGUGGAGAUUUUGCUGAGCAGACAUUGUCCAAUAUGGUAUGGGUAUUCCGGCCGGUUGAAAUGGCUGCAAAGGCUGGCUUACAUCAACACCAUUGUCUAUCCACUGACGUCGAUUCCUUUGGUGGCAUACUGCACUCUACCGGCAGUAUGCUUGCUCACAAACAAGUUUAUCAUUCCCACGAUAAGCAACUUCGAUAGCUUGUGGUUUAUCUCGUUGUUCCUUUCCAUCUUCGCAACGGGUAUCCUGGAGCUCCGCUGGAGCGGCGUCGGUAUUGAUGAGUGGUGGAGGAACGAACAGUUUUGGGUGAUUGGUGGCGUCUCCUCCCACUUGUUUGCGGUCUUCCAGGGGCUGCUCAAGGUGCUGGCCGGCAUCGACACGAACUUCACGGUAACAUCCAAGUCCGCAGAUGACGAAGACUUUGGCGAGCUCUACGAGUUCAAGUGGACGACUCUCCUCAUUCCCCCGACGACGCUGAUCAUUGUCAACUUAGUGGGAGUUGCCGCGGGGAUCUCGGACGCAGUGAACAACGGGUAUCAAUCCUGGGGUCCUCUCUUCGGCAAGAUCUUCUUCGCAUUCUGGGUGAUCGUGCAUCUAUACCCGUUCCUCAAGGGUCUCAUGGGAAGGCAAAACAGGACUCCAACGAUCGUGGUGGUGUGGUCCAUCCUUCUAGCAUCGAUCUUCUCGCUGCUGUGGGUGCGAAUCAAUCCUUUCCUGCAAAAGGUACAAGGUCCCAAUCUGGAGCAGUGUGGCAUCAACUGCUAGAAGAGAGUUUUGUUUAUACAUCUUUGGAGGAAGAGGGGAGUCUUUUUUUGUUACGCGCGUCCUACGCACCAGCGAGAGAAUGUACAAUGGAUGCACACCUCCUCCAUGAAUCUUGGAUAUAGGGAACAAAUUAGCAAACUCCAUUAUAAGUCAUAUGCCGUAGAUCA